AGAGUGGUUAGUACGUAUGAUCUCUAUGGCUGCGGUAAAGUGGAGCUGCGGCGGCUGCGGCAGAUCGUGAGCGCGCGAAUAAUGUUUAAACAGAUGCACUGGCCAAAUGGACAACCUUCGUGAAUAUGUGAAGUUUCUAGACAAGUUUUCAUGGGUCUACAAUGUACACAUGACACGGCUACUGUUGGAUGGCACACUGGAAAGGAUUCCUUUGGAGUGGAUUCACCACAUCAGUGCACUGUCCACGCAAGAGCUUGGAGAGGUUCCAUAUGGGCUCAUAAAGGAAGACUGGCCGACCACACUGCGCGAGUUUGUGCGCCAGGCGGUGGAGCUGGGGGAGGUGCGAUUUCGACCACCGGGGCCGUGUGUUCCCAUGGGACUACCGGGGUUGCUGAGCAGGGGCAUGACCCCGCAGAAGCAGCGGGAGGUGCCGGGACUGGCUGCCCUGGUGGCGGACGUCUGCAGGCAGGCACGGUGCACCAGCGUGCUGGACGUCGGUUCUGGCCUAGGUUACUUGGCUCAAGUUCUUCAUCACAGUUACGGGUUCAGAGUUAUUGGCUUGGACUGCGAGCCUUCCCACUUGGAGAAGGCCAACAACCGCUUGAAACUUUCUGGCUGCAGCAAGAACAUUCACUACCACACUCUGAAGAUUGACGACAGUAUGCAGUCAGUUGCCAGUGUUGGAUCACUUCUGAAGAGUUGUCCCCCACACGUGGAGUGCAGCUGCGGACCGCAAGAGACAAUGCACAGGAAGUUCAACGAGGGCCAGUUUGUCAUGGUGGCACUUCAUGCCUGUGGAAGAUUGACACCCACCAUGGUGUAUCACUUCUGCCACCUGGAGCAGAUCUGCGCCGUCGUCUGCAUCGGCUGCUGCUAUCACAAAGGUGCCCCUUGGUUUCCCCUGAGUACUGCACUGGGACAGCUGUUGAGUCAAGGGCAGCUGGGUGGUGUCCCAGGCAGACUGCAGGGGCUGCGCCUGGCCUGCCAGGGGACACGGCAGUCUUGGAGAGAUCGCUCCGGCCCCCAGCGGCAGGCACAGUCCAGGCACGUCCUCUACAGGGCAUUGCUCGAGCGCACAUUGCAGAAAGACGGGCUGCCAUGGAGGAAGUCGAAGCGACACAUGGCAAGGGACAGCCACACGGUCUCAUUUGAAGCUUACGUGGAUCACAUCAUGCAGGACGUUUCCUGCGAGUCGGGGAAUCAGUUGGGAUGAGAAGGGGUUCCCCUCUGCCACGCUUGCAGAAGAGCAGCGCACGGGCUGGCGCAAUCUCCUCGAGGGACUGCAGUCCGAGGCCAAGAAGCUGCUGCCAGCAGUGGGGACACACGCAGUGAGUUGCAUGUCCUGAGUUGCACACCGUAAGCCACGUGCUUCCAGUCGCGCGCUUCAAGUCGGCGCCUCGAAUCUUGCACCUCAAAUCUCGAGUGGCCAAAGCCAUGUGUUGCAGGUCGUGUCCAAGGUCUCGUGUUUGGAGUCGCACUACUUGAAUCGCGUGGCACGAUACUCGAGUCAUGCGCCGUCAGUAGCGCAACUAGUCAUGUGCCUCGAACCACAUCUCCAGUGACGAGGCCAAGGUCGCAUCCUGCAUGGCCAAGGUCGUGCUUCUCUAAGACCGCGCUUCUUCAGGUCACAUGUCCAGAAGCGCCGUCUGCAAGUGUCUCCCACUUCCAGCUGCUGCAGCAGCUCCUCCAGCCCGUCUGGGAGGAGCUUGUUGUGCGGGACCGCAUGGCCUGGGCUGGGGAGCUGGGGCUCUCGUGUCGCGUGAGCCCCGCCUUCGUGGGCUCUCCCCGAGACCUGGCCCUGGUCGUGCUGGGACCUAGGCCUCCGCCUGGGCCAUGUAGGCCUCCAGCUCCGCAUCCAGGUGACCUCGGGUGCGCGCCAUGUACGCCUCCAGCUGCCAGUCCAGCUGCUGACGGUCCGGCUGUGCCCCACCGCGACGGCCCCCACCGCGUCGACGCUGGCGCCGGCCUUCCCCUUCUCGCCUGUGAAUCAGAAGUGUUCGGGUCAACAGACCGAAGUUUAGACAAGACGUGCAGGUGACGGCCGAGGACACAGAACCCGACUGUACCCCUUCCGAGACAAAGGGUUACUUGCAGGGUUUCGGGUGGAAGACCACUGAUGGCCGUACUGCGCCAAACGAAGUAUGGUGUGUCCCCCAAAAAAUAUGUUUUUUUCACAGCAAAAAUAAACUAAUAAUAAUAAUAA